AUGAGCACAACAAGCACACUCACGACCCCGCCGCUCCGCACGUCACGGAGCUCGCUCUCCCUCGCGGCGCCGGGGUACAUCCGCACGCCGGUCCACUCGCCCGCGCCGCUGCGGCGCACGCGCAGCGCGAGCCCAUGUCACUGGGACCCGACGAGCGACGACGACGAGCCGCAGUCGCCCUUGGCCAAGGUCGGCCACGGGAUAACCGAGCUCAACCUCUGCGUCUUCCGCCUGUGGCUCCGCAUCCGCCGCUUCCCCGCCUGGCUCUUCAGCCCGCCGUCGCCCAGCCCGCGCCGGCGCAAGCGCUGGUCCCCGCCCACGCCGUGAGGAUGUCUCCAAGCGUACCACGCAUCCCAUCCAUCCCAGCUCCAACAGCUCAGCCCCACCUCCUUGAGCCUGCCUUGCCUGCCUUGCGUGCGGGGCAGUACCCGCCAGCUCGGUCACCCGACCCCCAACAUGGGGAGAUACAGCGGCCUGGUGCCCAGGUCCUCGGGCGUCGACGUCGAGCAGCGUCACAGGUCCUGCCUGUCCAGUGUAUUUGCGUCUUGCGUCUAGCACACGCACCACUCAAAGCCGCGCGAGUGCACCUCUCGGCCCACUGCAGCCCGUAGCCAGGAGAAAAAAUGGUGCAGUCACGCGCCAGUCACCUCCCACCACUUUUGCAGCCCGUGCCCCCGCCCACAUGUCAUAGUGACGCCAGAUGCAUAGCCCGUGCCGGCCGGCCGUGGGUGCCAAGGACGAGCUAGUCAGUCGCGUGCACUUGCAUUGCUGAUCAUUUGGGAAUGGCCGCUGCAUCACUGGAAUGAUAGCUAGCGCAAGCUGGCUGCACUAUGGCGCGAUACGGCGUGUGCCUGGAAAACUAGGUAGGU